CAAUUCAUUAUUACUUUUGAAAUUUUCUUCCAGUCUCACCAUCCUUUCUAUCAUCUUUAUCUCUCUAAAGACCAAACAAUGACAAGCAAGAGAGGAGAGGGUUGGAAAGUGGAGGAAGAUGUGAACUUGUGCAAUUCUUGGGUUAUGAUAUCAGAAGAUGGAGCUGUGGGCGCUAAUCAAAGACUCUCAAAGCUUUGGGAUAGAGUGGCGACGCAAUUUCAAGUGAAUGAUCCCACUACAACUCGUACUAUCAAAAGCAUGAGUAAUCGAAUGAGCCUCAUCACCAAAUUCUGCAAAUGUUUGAAUUCAGCUAUCCAAAGGGCAGAGAGGAAUCAAUCAAGUGGCACGAAUCAACAAGAUGUGGUAUGAAUUCUCUGUCACCAUCACUGUUAUUUUCUAACUCAUUUAUUAGUAUGAAUUCUACUUUCUAACUCCUUUUUCAUCUCAUUCAUUAAUACGUAUAGGAGUAUAUGGCAGAACAGCUUUAUAAAAGUGAGACAGGAGAAAAGGGUUGGAAUUUUAGUCAUUGUUGGCGGAUUUUGAAAAAAUGUCAAAAAUUUCAUGCCCUGUUAACAAUGUCGUCUUCACAUCAAAGCCGCAUAAGUCAAGGUUCUGAUGGUUCUCCCAUGUGUCGUGGUUAUCAAUCAACCCCACCGACAGACCUCAAUGACACAGAAGGAGACGAAGAAACUCCACCCUUCGUAGGAGAAACUCCACCCUUCGUCGAAGAAACUCCACCCUUCGUCAUAUCUCGUCCUGCUGGACGCGACAAACAAAAGGCGGCUAAGAAGAAAGGAAAGGGGGUUGCUGAGCCAUCAGAGAGCUACACUGCUCAAUUGUUGGACUAUGGAAGUGAGUUGAAGGAGAGGCAUGCUUCGAGGGCUGAGUAUGAGCGAAAAAGGAUGGAAUUCCAAGAAAAAAAAUCGAAGCGCGACGAAGAAAGGUGGAAUCUUGAGAAAAGGGAGAGGGAACAAAAGUGGGAAGUUGAAAAAAGAGAGAGGGAAGCGGCACUAUUUCGGAACAACGUUGAUCUUCUUGAAAGUGAUUUGUCGAAGUUGACACCAAGAAAGAGGCAGUAUUACAAAACUCAGCAAAACAUUGUUCUAGGGUAUGAUCAAGAUGAUCCCAACUCUGUUCCCAACUACUCAUCUAACGCAAAUCAGACCGGGGGAGGAGAUGAGAGUGGAGGAGAUGAGAGUGGAGGAGGAGGUUAUGGGAAUUACUAUUCUCUGCUAGGCGAUUAUUGACAUGUUAUGUGUUUCAUCUUUAUCAUUUCAAGUGUUGUGUGUUAUCUUUAACCUUUAUCAUUAUCAAGUGUUGUGUGUAACCAAUCAGUUGUAUCAUUUGAACUAUUAUGUGAACUCUUUCAACUUUAUCAUUUUCAAGUGUUGUGUGUAAACUCUAAUUAGGUCAAUCAUUUUUUGCAAAAAAAAAAAUUUGGUCUCGGAAUUUAAAAAAAUUCUAUCGAAAAAAUUGUAUUUGAAAAUGAUGACGAACUACACAAAUAUUAUUAUGAACAAAUUAUAUUAAUGCUUCCAUAAAUACAUUUUUAAGUAAAUG